AUGAGUACCGCCAUCGCAAUGGCUCCGUCUCCGGCCCCCCAUGACCGGCCGUCAUUUGGAAGCGGCAAAGGCAGCAGCUCCGCAGCCACCUCAAACACAUCCACGACUGCGACGGCAGCAGAGCUCUCUGCCGCAGCCGCUGCCGUAGCUGCUGUUUCCACUUCCCCAAUCGCUCAGAGAACCAUCUCAGCAACAACACCACAUGCCGCCGCACAACGGUCUGGCAGCGGUAGCCCUCGAGGCGGUGCGCAAAGAUCUUCACCACCCAGCGCCUCUCGAAACGCAGGCCCGCCCAAGAUUGUCGUGAAGAAAGAACCCGGCUCUCCCGAGCCGACUCCACGACACCGCCCGCGAAGACUGGAUCUUUCCAAGGGUGCCAGUGCAAGCUCGGCAGCGCCAGGCACUGGCCGCCCGAUGACUGCAAGAGACGGAUUGGGCAUUCAGGAAGUCGGCCUUGCCUGUCUGUCACCUGGGUUUGUCACUCACGAUCCUGCCAUGAAGGAGCAGCUGCAGCGCAGCAUGACUGUGCGUGAGCAGCAGCGACACAUCAUCGAGGCACGUCUGCAGCAGCAAUCUGCCAAGGGCGACGGCGAGAUCCCGAACAAGGACAAGGACAGCUCCAGCCACUUCGCGGCAAAAACCCCCGGCAUGUCUCGACGCAACAAGGCGCCUCCGGGCCUGUCUAUCGUUGCGCCAUCUCAUGAGACCUUUGCCAGUGAGCGUGUCAUCCAGUCAGCCCCGUUGGGACAGACAUUCACCGGCAUCCACAAUCCCCAUCCGUUGACUCGGCACAUCACCAACCAGCCGUCCAAGCUGUCAAACACAUCCCACAUCCACCACGUUCCCGCCAACCAGACAAAUAACCGCCUACCACCCAUCGCCGAUGUGUUUGGCCAGGGCCUGUCUGGCCAUCCCGAAUCGAGCGGACACUCGCUGUAUGUUCAGCAGAGCGGUUCGCGCGGACCGUUGACCUCUCCAGGCCAUCCUCCGCCAAUGUCACACCCACCCCCGCAUCCUAUGCAGCAGCAGCAGCCUUCAGCGUCUGCACGUUUGAGAGAAUACCGCUCUGCCGAGGAGGCACAGGCUGAGCUGGCUGGCGGACGCCCCGAACUGCUCCCUAAGCUUGUCCACUACGGCGGUCCUCAGCCGCCGACGCCGCCUUCGCCACAGCAAGGCUACGCUUCUCGGAACAUGGAUAGCAACAGGAGCACGAGCAGGAGACGUCCCCGUGCCGAAUACGAAGAAGGCAGCCCACCGCUGGGUACUGGCCGUCCUGCACAACGGCGCGGUCCCUUUGGCGAGGGCCGUGACAGUCCGGAGACCCAGCGAGCCAAGCGUGAUGAAUUUCUGCGGCUCUGUGAACGGGCCUGGGACCUGUUCCACUCUUAG